UGGAAAGGAUAUUAGUUACAUGCGGAUAUACCUUGUGAUCAUCGUUCACAUAUUGAGCAAGUGAUGACUUCCAGAAACCAGGUUAUCUAUGGAUAUUCCACAAUGGUACAAAUGAACCCUGUUACUGCAACAUUACCACCACAAACAGUAACAUCUGUAAACGUGUCAUUGACUCCAAAGGAGACACUGGAACUUAUUCUGUAUCUCAACAACGAAGAAGUUAAAACGCUAUUACCGCUAAUUUUGAUUUUGGGAUUCAUUUUGCUUGUUGGGAUUAUUGGAAACGUGAUAGUGUUGUUAGUUUACUGCCUCAGAUACAAAAGAUCCCCAGCGAGAGUAUACAUACUGUUUCUGGCUUCCAUAGAUCUGUCCAUCAAAUUUCAAAUAUCCUACUUUGGAAAACGACUAGUGUGUUUUGUUGCAACCGUUUUGUCUUUCGUAUUUGCUUGGCCUGUUCUGAUCCUGUAUGGUCCUAGUGAAAUGGAAACGGCUAUACCGGGCAUCAGUAUAAAUGGAAUCGGUUAA